CCCACUUGCCUCCUCUCUACCCUCAUUCUGUCUCCUCCCCCUCCUUCCACUGUCACCUGACCUGCAUUUCUUACUGGUCAUGACGGGAGUCAAGUAGAGCAUAAGAGCAAGAUCCAAGUACUCACUACUCACAUACCCGCUGGCGGGUCAAGGAACAACACAGGCACCCUUUAGAUACACACAGAUCCCACCUGGGCUUGCUUUACACAGUAAUGGAGCUGGGUAAGAUGGCACAAAGAAGCGGUCCACAUGACAACGACAAUCCCAUGCUGGCCAAGUUUGAACGAGCUCUGCGCCUCGUCGUACGCGAGAUCCAUGUUGACGUGGCUACCUUUAAGCAUAACGUCGAGCAGCGCCUGGAGGAGGCAAGUAAGGGUGCGAAACCUCUGGAGACCAUGGUAUCAAGGCUCCAAGAGGAGAAUCAGCUGCUGAGGGAGAAGCUAGAGGCUCUUUCUGCACUUGUAGAGGCGCUUCCUGGGAUGACGGGGAAACAUGAUUUUUGUGGCCAGAUCAGCCAAGUUCAGGAUCAAGAGAACCCGGCUCAGAGUGGCAGCCCUGAAACUACAUCUCUAACGGUGGAAGAAGAUCCUGCAGGUUCAGCUGGUACUGAAUCUGAGUCUGUGUGUGUGGAUUCCAUCUCGUCCUCCUCCAGCAGCUCCACUGCUGCAUCCCUGACCAGCACUGUGAUUAUGGAUGCCAGUUAUCCGUCCAAUCUGAUCAACCAAGAGAAGGAGAACCUGAUAGAGGAAAAGCUGGUUGAUCUUUUGUCUUCAGCUGGACUGGAGAAUAAAGCUGAGAAAGAGCAAGAUGUGGUACCACUUGUCAGUAGCCAGUGUGAAGACUCCCUGACCUUGUCAUCACUCCAAAUAGCGCAUGACACCGAUCCUAGUCCAGAGUCUACUUUAGGAAGUGAAAACCUUGGAUAUUUAGGAUACUCACAGGAAGUAAUGUCAUCAGUUGAUGUAAUGUCUACAGCCAUGACUGCAAGACAUUGUCCUUUAACAGCUAUGAGCAGAGCAAGAGAUCUGGCAGGUCAAAAGGCAAAAUCACAGGUCACUACAGAGGACAGCCAUGCCAAGCCAUCCACACCGACUACCCAAGUAGUACUGGAGAUCAUUGAAAGCGAUUUAAUCCCAGAUUCUGUCCUAGAAACUGAAAAUGCUUUGGAGUCUCAAGAAGUGGCAUUUAUGGCCAACAAUUUGGAAUUAAGUCCUACAGCCAUAGACAAACAACAGCCAGCCAUUACUAAAACUACAGCUCCACAAUCAACCAAUCAAAAUGAAGAUCUGCCUGAACUUGAAAAGCAUUCAAGAACAUUUAAUGAAUCAGUACUGAACCGCCAUGAGGCUUCCUUCUCAAGAUCAGUGGCUGGCAAUGGCAUAACCAAAUCAUCAGAAUCCACCUUCAGAACAGAGCGUUUACUGUCAUCACAAGUCCUCAGAUCAACACUCCAUGUUCAGUCAAGUGUGGUUUUCAGGACAGAUAGUCAGCAGCCUGUAAGCACUUUCACUGUACCCAAAGGCCCCAAACAUAUCACAUCAACAGACCAAAGCUCUGUUCAAGUACAACCACUAUCUACACCUUCAGAAACUAAGCCGUCAUCCUGCAAUCAACUAUCUUCUGAAUCCAGUGCAUCUGUAAAUAGCCACCAUGUGGCUCCAGUAUGUGUCACAGCUCCGUUGGAUACCUGUUCUGCAAAAGGCUUGAAGCCCUCCUUUAAGGAUGAUUGUCAAACAAUCAGACCAGCAAUUCUGCAAGUAGAACCACUUACUGACAAAACUCCACAUCAGCCUGUAAGUAGUAUGACCUUUCCUAUGAGCCCCAAACUCCUGAGAUCAACCAAUCAAAGCUCAACAGCGUUUAAAUCUUCACCAAGAUCUGCAACCCGAUCACAUCACAGAAUUGAAAUGUCAUCUACCAGCAACGAUUCUGAGGAAGAGUCAACUGUUAAAGGAUUUGCCUCUUAUACAAGAAAACCUACAUUAAAUUUGGAUGUUCACACAAGCCCUAGUUCUGAAACUGAGCCAAUUAAGUUAAACCUAGUUCAGUCUCCUUCAACCAACCAGAACUCGACUGCUGAGUCCCUCACCAUCUCAAAGAAACCACUAGCUGCACCUUCACCAGGACAUCUAGCUUCCUCUUCUGUGACACAAGUAACUCAUCUGACUCCAAUACUGGCAAACACUGACCCUUCUCAAAAUCCAGACACCAGUCUCAGGAGUUUCCAGUCUGUUAUUGAAACAUCCACAGACAACCCAUUUCCUGUCCAGUCUGAUGUAACCUCAGCUUUUAACCAAACACAAGAUCCUGCUUUACCAUCAACUGCAGCCAAUGUGCAAGAGGAAACAUCAAUUACAAGCAGGUUCUCAGGGCGUCAGCUGUCUGUUUGUUCUCUGAACAGACGUGCCGAGUCGCCGUGUGGAAGUGAAUACUCUGGAUGCUCCUCUUUGGAAGUGGGGUCAUUAGUAAAAAGUCAGCACGUGACCUCUGCUCACACAAGAUCUGUAACUUUUAUGAGUCCUAGAUCCCAAAGAAAACCAGCCAGUCACAACACAGAGCUAUCAUCUACAUCAUCACAUAUAGAUGUCUCUCCAGGAUCACAGGGAGUGAGGGCACUGGGGGUGUCUCAUGCCUACUCACAGCCUCAGCUAAGUCCUUUGAGUUCUGUAGCUAGACGAGCAGAAUCACCUUCUGGAAGUGAAUAUUCCGGAUAUUCGUCCGUCUACUCCACAGUGUCGCAGGACGUGCGUCCAGUUGUCGACAAAUCAUCCCCAACCGCAGCGACACCACAAGGUCCUGUCACCGCUAUGAUUCGCAUGAGCCCUAAACCCUUCCGAAGAUCUAACAAUCCAAGCUCUACUCUACCUAACCCCUCACCUCCACUAAGGUCAAAAGUAUUUGCCCAACCAUUACUAAGUACUAACUCAUAUUCAGCUAUUACUGAACCUACUACUAAAUCUGGAAGCUCCAUAAUGACACAAGAAGUGAAGUCAGCAGUCCGCAGUCAAUAUACGUUAUCGCUCUCACAGUCAUCCAGCACACACAGCCAAAUCCAAAGAAGCCCCAAGUCCCUCAGUCGGUCGACCAACCUAAUGCAAAGUCAGACUAAUACCAGCCCACAUUUUAAUCCUUUACUUUUCAGCCAGACAUCAUCAGACACUCUUUCUAAACCGAGCACAGACUCUCCUAGCAGACCUGUGUCUGCAGUGAAGCCAUGGACCUCUAGUCAAAAGACAUCAGCAACUUUACCCAAUUCUGCAGACAAGUCUACUACGUUUACUAAGCAAUCUUCCUUCUCUGACUUCAAAACACUCAAUGACAACUUGAAGAAGUCUGACAGUGUGGAUAAUAAGAGGUUUAUGUCAAGUUCACAGACAUUGCCAAGGAAUAUGGGCUGCCAGAUUAAGCAGACCUUGUAUGAGAAGAUGAAUUGUGAGACGAGCAGAGGUAAUAGUGUGGAGUUGAGGCCUAAACUAAGACGAUCGCAGAGCUUUGGCGCCAGCGGCAUUAAACACAUUCUGCUAGAUUGGUGCCGCUCCAAAACCUUAGGCUACCAGCACAUAGAUAUCCAUAACUUCUCCUCCAGCUGGUCUGAUGGAAUGGCCUUCUGUGCACUGGUCCACUCCUUCUUCCCUAAUGAGUUUGACUAUGAUAAGUUGAACCCUGCUCAUCACAAACACAACCUCGAUUUAGCCUUCACCACUGCUGAAGAGAAAGCGGAGUGCAUUCGUCUGAUUGAGGUGGACGAUAUGAUGGCAAUGGGGUCCAGCCCUGACCCCAUGUGUGUGUUUACAUAUGUGCAGUCUCUUUACAACCACCUCAAGAGAUUUGAGUGAUCACAUUGCUAAAUUGGGUUGGUAGUUGAAUGAAUAAAAUGUUGUAAUGUAAAAUACAGGUAGAUUUAAAAUUACAGAUACACAUAUUACAGACCUAGAUAGCCAGCAGAUGGGGCAGUUCUCAACUCAAUGAUUCAGCAAAUGCCCCACUGCUUUUGGAAAGCCACGCAUUCAAGUCACACUGCUAAAUAUAAAUGUUGUCUAGGUCUUUAAUAUGUUUAUCUCUGAUUUUCAAAUAUGUAUGAAUUUUGUGUGCCUACCUUUGUUCAUUAGAAUUUGUCACACUUAAUUGCACUGGGGUUGUAAUAGGGACAGUUUGUCAGCACGGUAAGGACUGAGUUCCUGAGAUGAAAAGAGAAGAUGUGUGUAUUCCAGGCAGAGUUUCAUCACAAUGUUGGGAAGUGGGAGAUGAUCAGUUGUAUGGGGUAGGGUCAAGUGCUGCAACUGAUAACAUUUAGAGAUUUCCUUUGUAUUGUGAAGGAAACACAGAGGUAGCAUUGAAUGCUGUAAGUUUCAAGGUAUUUCUAAGACUAAAGGUAAAAGUCAUAUGAGAUUUGUUUAAAAAAGUGCUGAAUGGUUUAAAAAUAAAAAAAUUUGGGCUGUUCCAGUGAAACCAUGUUUUUGAAAAAACUGAUGGGCAUGUAACAAUUUAAAAUGCCUAUCAUAUAUUUUACAACUGAAAAUGUACAUUAAUAAACAUUAUCUUUGCCAAA